GUGGAAAAUACAAGCAUUGGCUUUUAUUAGAUGUACAUAUAGAGUCAACUAUUAUAGGUUCUAUUUACCAGAUCUAUAUCUAUAUAUUUACAUCUAUAUUUAGGCAUAAUGUUUAUAAAACAAAACAGUAAACCCAGUAUUAUUAGGAUACAUAUAUCCCUAUAUCUAUAUAGAAUGUUCUACUUCAAAAUGGAUAGAUAUAACACAUUAUAAUUGAUAAACUAUCGACAAUAUCAUCAUCAUCAUCAUCAUCAUCAUCAGAAUUAUUCUUGUUUCUACAUAGAUGUAAAUAGAUCUUUUCUUUUUUUCAUUUUCUUUUCUUUUUUUUUAUUUUGAGGGGGGCGGGGUUGGUGAAUGUAACUUUUUUUCUUUUCUUAAAUGAUUCCAUCAUCGAAUUGAAAAACAAAACAAAAUGAGUAUGAUCCAACAUUUUCAUAAGAGAUCCGAUUUGAUUAGGACCAUUCUAUCGAUUAUAAUGAUUUGGUGUAUGAUUAUGUUAAUGGAUUUAUCCAAUGGUCAUUUACUGAUGAAAGAAGAAAAAAUUUCACGGAAAUUAGUCAAUUUGAUUCAUGCCACAACAACAAAUGAUUUCAAUCUAUGUACAAUUCAUUCACGUCAAUUACAAUAUUCGUUAUGUACUACUUAUAAUAGUACUACUACUACUACUACUACUCAUUAUAAUGAUAUUCCAUCAGCAGCAGGAGCAGGAACAGGAGCGUCGUCAGCAUCAUCAGCAGAAGGAUCAGGAUCAUCAACAAUGAAUAAUUUAAAUGAAACAUUCUAUCCAAUAUUUCAUCAUUUAAUCACACAAAACUCUUUAACACAAAAUUUCUUGCAUGAUAUAUAUAGAUCUGUGCAGAUUAUGAGAAAUUUCAAUCGUUGGCAUAGCAACAACCACUACCACGACAACUACAACCACAACAAUCAUGAUACCAGGAAACAAUUAGAAGUCUAUUUCUUUCAUUUAUUACAAUUAAAUCAACCAAUUGAAUUUUAUAAUCUGAAAUUAUUCAAUAAUUUCAUCACUAUGAAUGAUGAUUAUGAUCAAAAAUCCAAUUUAAUUGGUAUUGGUUAUUGUUUCAAUGGGAUAUUAAUGGCUUAUGUCAAUAAUCAUACUACUACUACUAAUAGUAAUAAUAGUAGUAUUAGUAGUAGUACUAGUGAUUCCUCUGAUCGUAAUUCUGUAUGUAGUCAAUUUGUAUUGAAUGUAGAAUUAUUUGAUAAUAAUAAUGAUAGUAUACGGUUUAAUGAUUAUGAAUAUGGAGAAUUUUCAUCCUUUUGGGCACCAAUUCAAUGUGAAUCUAAUUCAAUCAUACCAAUAGUUUUACGAUAUUUUAUUGAUACAAAAGAAAAAAGUUUAUUUUUCGAAUUUGAUUUGAAGGAUUAUACUAUUGAUCAAUGUGCUUUGAAUAUAAAUCGAUGUGGAGCAACAACACGAUGUGUAUACAAAAAAUAUCAUCCAUAUGCAUUCAGUAUGGACAAUUAUAUGUGUGAAUGUUCUCCAGGUUAUUAUACUGACAAUAUAGAAAAUGGUUAUCCAGCUCCAUUAAUUGAAUCAAAACUUCAAACAUCUUUAUUGAAUGAUGAAUCGGAAUUACCAAGAUUUUAUUGUCGUGCAUGUCCAACUGGUUGUUUGAAUUGUAAAUCUAAUAAAUUAUGUCGUGUACAACUAGACUAUAAUUUACUCAGAGCAGUUCCAUUAGCUUUUCAAACUUUUUGUAUUACAAUAUGUUUGUUGUUUGGGAUAGCUAUGUUUAAAUUACGUAGAGCCCGAGUAAUUAAAAGUGCUAAUCUUGUACUUAUGGAAAUUAUGCUUGUAGGCGCGAUUCUCUUAUAUUCAACCAUUGUUGUAAUGUAUUUUCCUGUCAGUGAUAUCACAUGCCUUAUUCUUCCAUGGUUUCGUGAAGUUGGCUUUUCAGUUAUGUAUGGUGUAUUAAUCGUAAAAAUCUAUAGGGUUCUAUCUGGUUUUCAAUCACGUAAAGCUCAUCGGGUUCAUGUACGUGAUAAAGAUAUAUUAAAGUAUUUAGGAUUGUUUAUCAUAUUAACAUUCACUUAUAUGAUUGCAUGGACAGCAAUUAAUUUAGAUUAUAUUAGUAAUCGUUCAUGGAUUCAAGAUGAUCAUUCAAUAAUCAAUAAUAAUCGUCAAUUGAAUAGACCAAUUAUUAGUAUGAAACAAGAAGGUUAUAUUAAAAUUAAAAAAAUCAAUAAUCAUAGUUAUUUGGAUCAUCAUAAUAAUAAUGUAACUAAUAAUAUUCAACAAAAUAAAUUCUUCAAUGAUUCAGGAGAGGAAAUGAUCACUUUUGAAGUUUGUCGUGCAAUGUCAUGGGAUGUUGUAGUUGAAUUAGCUGAAUUCAUUAUCUUAGCUAUCAGUAUACAUUAUUGUCGUCUUGUACGAACAGCACCAUCUGAAUACAAUGAAACACAGUAUAUUGGUGUGGCUUUAAUUAUUGAAAUGACAGUAUCUGGAUUUCUAUAUUUAUUAAGACAUUUCAUAUGGUACAGUGUUCAUCCUGAUUAUAUAUUUCUGUUAUAUUUUGCCCGAUCUCACAUAACUGUAACAGUGAAUCUUUUAUUGAUUUUUGUACCAAAGGUAACCUUUUUAUGUCGUUCAUCAAAAUCAUUAUGUAAUACUACUCGUCCACGUGGUUCACCUGGAGCUCCUUAUCCUGGUGAUCCACAUUUACCUAGUGGUGGAAAAUUGAAUUUAGUAUCAAAUGGUGAUCUAGAUAUUGCUGAUGUGAACUUAGCUGAUAUGGAUCCUGAAGUAAUAAGGCGUGAACUAAAACGUCUUUAUACACAAAUUGAAUUGUAUAAAACCAAAGCAAUGCGAAAAGAUAAUCCACAUAUAAGUAAACGUAGAGGGGGACGAAAACAACGUCGAUUCUCACUACAACCAUUUCAUAAACGACAUCAUGGACAAACUUCAUCUAGUAUAAGUGGUAAUGUUAUGCCAAAUGAUACAGGAUGUUGUUGUACAGAAUGUCAAUCAUCAAAAUUUACUAUACGAUUAUGUCCACAUUCGUGUAGUCGUCAUUUAAUUCAUAGUAGUAGUAGUAGUAGUACAAGUCAUAAACAAUCACCAAAUGAUAAUAGUAAUAAUAAUAAUGGUGGUAAUAGUGGAAUAAAUCGUUCAAAUUAUACAACAAUAUUACAUGAUGAAGAAAUUUCUAAAUUAUCAGAAGAAUCAACAAAUAGUGGUAUAGAUGAUCAAUUAUCGAUUAAUAAUGUAGUAUCAAUUCAACAACAAUCAAAAAAUCAAUUAUCUAGUUCUAUUCAUUCAAAUGAUAAACAAAUUAACACAUUAUCAACAAUCAAUAAAAAUGAGAAUAAACGUUCCAAAUGUAAAUCAAUUAAUGAGAAGACAAGAUAAAAUUCUACUUUUAAUAUUCAACCUUUAACCUGUGAUGAGAAACAUAAGCGAAGAAAUUCAGGCAGUUUCGAAAACAGGUAUAUAUAUAUAUAGAGAGAGAGUUAUACAAAACCAUCAUUGGUCAUCUUUCAUAAACCUCUAUUCUACCUAUGUACGUACGUAUGUAUGUAUAUAUAUAUAUAUGUGUGUGCGCUCAUACAAACGCUUAUAGAUGUACUUUUAAUAAUAAUAAUACUAAUAAUCAUAAUCAGAUGUAUCACUGUUGCUUUCUUCCUCUACUUUGAAAUCAAUCAAAUCUUCUUCAAUAAAAACCAAAUUCAUUUUGUAUGUGAUGAAUUACUGAAACCUUUUUUGUUUCUUUGUUUGUUUUGUGUCAAACUAUUCCCGAGUGGAUUAAAUUUAUUCAUUUUAAUUUAUUGUAAUUAAUCAAUACACAAUUAUAUAAUCAAUCAAUUAAUCAAUCAACCAAUCAAUCAAUCAAUCAAUCGAUCGAUUAAUCAAUUUACUUUGAAUCAAAUCAAUUCUUGUUUGUAUCUUUUGUUUGAUGUAUUUUAAAAUCAAUCGAUCAAUCAAUCAAUCAAUCAAUCGAUCGAUCGAUCCAUGAAAUGAUAAUAAUAAUAAUAAUAAUCAAUUAUGAUGAAUAAUUUCCAUUGUCUUUAUGAUCAAAUGUUUACAGCUUUAUUAUUAUUAUUAUUUCAGUAACCAUUAUAGUAACAAUUAUAUCUAAUCAAUACCAAAUACAUCAGAAGACAAAGUGUUCAUCGAUUGAUGAAAAAAAAACAAAAAAAAAGAAUAAUAAUGAGAAUUUUGUAAAUAAUUUUAUUUUAAUCCUUUAUGUAUUAUUUUCUUUCUUUUCUUUUUCUUUUCUAUUUUUGUUUUUUGUCUCUUUUACUUUUUAAUGAUGAACCAACUUUCUUAUAUUUCUAUUAUGUCAUAUAACAAUAAAAAACAACAAUGACGACGACGACGACGACAGCAACAACACCAACAACAAAGAAACGAUUACACCAUUCAAAGUUAAAUCUAAUUGAAAUAUUAUCAUAUUUGUCAAUAAAAUGAGGAUAAUUAUAGUGC